GCGCGGCGCGCCGGGAGGCCAUGCUGAGGGUUCCUCCCGCACUUCCUUCCUCGGGAGCAUCCUCGCCGCCCUCCGGCCCCGGCCCUCUCCAGCCCGCCCCGGAUCCGCCUCCCUCUCCUUCCUCCCAGAGGUUGAGACGAAGCGCGGGACGCACCUGGGUCCCUCUGCGGCCGCCCCGCUGAGGCCCCGGGGGCUGCGCUGGCGAGCAGGAUUUACAGGCCCGGAGAACGCCAAUGGGAGCUCCAAAUGGUCGGGGACUCCGGCACUUUAAGAGGCUUUUCUCUGGGAAACACCCGUCCCCUCCGUGCGCCUUAUGAAUGGAAAUACUCCUCCCCCGGUCGAGCCCAUUUUCCCAUUUCACCAGGAGCCGCAGCCUGCGCUCUCCUUUCGGUCUCCCCGCCCACAUCAACGCGGGCAGCUCCAGGAGGGGACGGACAGGAAGCCUUUGGCCGCCUAUUAAAUCCCACCCAUUUCUCCGGGGGCGAUUUCCUAACCUUCCGGGACCGAAUUCUGCAAUUUGAUGUGCGUUUUGUCCGAAUGGUAGCGACACGGGCCUAAGGGAGGGGGAAAGCGAGGGGGUGGGGGGUGGGGGGUAUGCGCUCUUUUCCUCGCAACAUCGCUGGCGGAGCGAGGGAGCUCACACGACACAGAUUUUGGGGCAAAGCCUUUCCAUCUGGACAGCACCAUGUCCACCAAAGCGGAGCAGUUUGCUUCCAAGAUUCGGUACCUACAAGAAUACCAUAACCGAGUUCUUCACAACAUUUACCCUGUCCCGUCAGGAACAGAUAUUGCAAACACGCUGAAAUACUUUUCUCAAACCUUGUUAAGCAUUUUGUCCCGCACAGGGAAGAAGGAAAACCAAGAUGCCUCCAAUUUGACAGUGCCCAUGACCAUGUGUCUUUUUCCUGUGCCAUUCCCACUCACCCCAUCUCUAAGACCGCAGGUCAGUUCCAUCAACCCUACUGUUACUCGCUCCCUCCUUUACAGCGUCCUGCGAGAUGCUUCCUCAGAGCGCGGCCCGCAAAGUCGUGAUGCUCAGUUGUCAGACUACCCUUCUCUGGACUACCAAGGCCUCUACGUGACUUUGGUGACUCUCCUGGAUCUAGUUCCUUUACUACAGCAUGGCCAACACGAUCUUGGACAGUCAAUCUUUUAUACAACGACAUGUUUGCUACCCUUUCUCAAUGAUGAUAUCCUAAGUACUUUGCCCUACACGAUGAUAUCCACGUUAGCUACCUUUCCUCCAUUUCUGCACAAGGAUAUUAUUGAAUAUCUCAGCACAUCUUUUCUACCAAUGGCUAUAUUGGGUUCCUCAAGGAGAGAAGGAGUCCCCGCCCACGUCAACCUGUCCGCAUCCUCCAUGCUCAUGAUUGCAAUGCAGUACACGUCCAACCCAGUGUAUCAUUGUCAAUUAUUGGAAUGCCUCAUGAAAUAUAAGCAAGAAGUCUGGAAAGACCUUCUCUAUGUGAUUGCCUAUGGGCCCUCCCAGGUGAAGCCUCCAGCUGUACAGAUGCUCUUCCACUACUGGCCCAAUUUAAAACCUCCAGGGGCAAUAAGCGAGUACCGGGGGUUGCAGUACACAGCUUGGAAUCCCAUCCACUGCCAGCACAUUGAAUGCCACAAUGCAAUUAACAAACCAGCUGUGAAGAUGUGCAUAGACCCUUCUCUGUCGGUAGCUUUGGGUGAUAAGCCACCCCCACUGUACCUCUGUGAAGAAUGCAGUGAGAGGAUCGCAGGGGACCACAGCGAGUGGUUGGUUGAUGUUCUUCUGCCACAAGCUGAGAUAUCGGCUAUAUGUCAGAAAAAGAAUUGCAGUUCCCAUGUUAGAAGAGCAGUUGUCACCUGCUUUUCAGCAGGGUGCUGCGGUCGUCACGGAAACAGGCCUGUUCGGUACUGUAAGAGAUGCCACUCGAAUCAUCACAGUAGUGACGUGGGAGCUGCGGCCGAGACCCACCUCUAUCAGACCUCCCCUCCACCCAUCAACACGCGAGAGUGUGGCGCCGAGGAGCUGGUCUGCGCGGUGGAGGCUGUGAUCAGCUUGUUGAAAGAAGCCGAGUUCCACGCGGAGCAGCGAGAGCACGAGCUGAACCGCCGACGGCAGCUGGGCCUUUCUUCGUCCCACCACUCCCUGGACAACACGGACUUUGAUAACAAGGACGAUGAUAAACACGACCAGAGGCUGCUCAGCCAAUUUGGAAUAUGGUUCUUAGUGAGCCUCUGUACGCCCAGCGAGAACACGCCCACGGAGAGCCUGGCCCGGCUCGUGGCCAUGGUGUUUCAGUGGUUCCACUCCACAGCGUACAUGAUGGAUGAUGAAGUGGGAAGCUUGGUAGAGAAACUGAAGCCUCAGUUUGUCACCAAGUGGCUGAAGACUGUAUGCGACGUUCGCUUUGAUGUCAUGGUCAUGUGCCUUCUUCCCAAACCCAUGGAGUUUGCCAGGGUUGGUGGCUACUGGGAUAAAUCCUGCAGCACAGUGACGCAGCUGAAGGAAGGUCUCAACCGAAUCCUCUGCCUCAUCCCCUACAAUGUGAUCAGUCAGUCUGUGUGGGAAUGCAUCAUGCCGGAGUGGCUGGAAGCCAUCAGAACCGAAGUCCCAGAUAACCAGUUAAAAGAAUUCAGGGAAGUAUUAAGCAAAAUGUUUGACAUCGAGCUCUGUCCUCUACCUUUUUCGAUGGAAGAGAUGUUUGGCUUUAUUAGCUGUCGGUUUACAGGCUAUCCCUCCUCUGUGCAGGAGCAAGCUUUGUUGUGGCUUCAUGUGUUAUCGGAGUUAGAUAUCAUGGUUCCACUGCAGCUAUUAAUAAGUAUGUUUUCGGAUGGAGUUAAUUCUGUCAAAGAACUGGCAAAUCAAAGAAAGUCAAGAGCCAAUGAACUGGCAGGGAACUUGGCAGCUCGAAGGGUGAGUGUUGCCUCUGAUCCUGGCCGGCGAGUUCAACACAACAUGCUCAGUCCAUUUCAUAGUCCUUUCCAGAGUCCAUUUCGGAGUCCUAUGCGUAGCCCAUUUCGUAGCCCUUUCAAGAAUUUUGGGCACCCAGGAGGAAGGACUAUUGACUUUGAUUGUGAAGAUGAUGAAAUGAAUCUAAAUUGUUUCAUCCUCAUGUUUGACCUUCUCCUGAAGCAGAUGGAAUUACAAGAUGAUGGAAUCACGAUGGGUUUAGAGCACAACUUGUCAAAGGACAUCAUUUCUAUCAUAAACAAUGUCUUCCAAGCCCCUUGGGGGGGCUCUCAUACCUGUCAGAAGGAUGAAAAAGCGGUCGAGUGUAACCUCUGUCAGUUGAGUAUUCUCUGCUAUCAGCUUGCUUGUGAACUCCUGGAGAGACUAGCUCCCAAAGAAGAGAGCCGGCUGGUGGAACCCACAGACAGCCUUGAAGACAGUCUCCUCUCUUCCAGACCAGAGUUCAUCGUAGGCCCUGAAGGAGAGGAGGAGGAGAACCCUACAGGCAGGCACGGGGAGAACCCGGGCAGCCGCGCCGCACCCACGGAACCUGCUGCAAUAAAGAAUGACACUGAAAGAAAAUUUUGCUACCAGCAACUUCCUGUAACGUUGAGACUAAUCUAUACCAUUUUCCAGGAAAUGGCUAAGUUUGAAGAGCCAGACAUUCUUUUUAAUAUGCUCAGUUGCCUGAAGAUCCUCUGCUUGCAUGGAGAGUGUCUAUACAUUGCUAGGAAAGACCACCCCCAGUUUCUGGCCUACAUUCAGGACCACAUGUUGAUUGCAAGCCUGUGGAGAGUACUCAAGUCCGAGUUCUCCCAGCUGUCUUCACUGGCCGUCCCUCUCCUUCUGCAUGCGCUGUCACUUCCUCAUGGUGCUGAUAUCUUCUGGGCAAUCAUCAAUGGCAACUUCAACAGCAAAGACUGGAAGAUGAGGUUUGAAGCAGUGGAAAAAGUGGCUGUGAUUUGUAGAUUUCUGGACAUUCACUCAGUGACCAAAAACCACCUGCUGAAGUACUCCCUGGCUCAUGCUUUCUGCUGCUUCCUGACAGCUGUGGAGGAUGUCAACCCCGCGGUAGCCACCAGGGCUGGUCUGCUGCUCGACACCAUCAAGAGGCCCGCGUUGCAGGGUCUGUGUCUUUGUCUUGAUUUCCAGUUUGACACUGUGGUGAAAGACCGACCCACGAUAUUGAGCAAGCUUUUGCUCUUGCAUUUUCUUAAGCAAGACAUCCCUGCCUUGAGUUGGGAGUUCUUUGUCAACAGGUUUGAGACCCUGUCCCUGGAAGCUCAGUUACAUUUGGAUUGCAACAAAGAAUUUCCUUUUCCUACAACCAUCACUGCCGUGAGGACCAACGUGGCCAACCUCAGCGAUGCUGCCUUGUGGAAGAUUAAGAGGGCCCGCUUCGCUCGGAACCGGCAGAAGAGCGUGCGGUCCCUGAGGGACAGUGUGAAAGGGCCAGCGGAGUCCAAGAGGGCACUCUCCCUUCCCGAGACCCUGACCUCCAAAAUCCGACAACAGUCUCCCGAGAAUGACAAUACUAUCAAGGACCUGCUCCCAGAAGAUGCAGGGAUAGACCACCAGACAGUGCAUCAGCUGAUCACUGUGCUCAUGAAGUUCAUGGCCAAGGAUGAGAGCAGUGCUGAGUCGGACAUCAGCAGCGCAAAGGCCUUCAACACAGUCAAGCGGCACCUGUAUGUCCUGCUGGGCUAUGACCAACAGGAAGGUUGCUUCAUGAUUGCACCGCAGAAGAUGCGCCUGUCGACUUGCUUUAAUGCAUUUAUCGCAGGAAUUGCCCAAGUUAUGGACUAUAACAUUAAUUUGGGAAAACACCUUCUCCCCUUGGUGGUUCAGGUGCUCAAAUACUGCUCUUGUCCUCAACUGCGACAUUAUUUCCAGCAGCCACCUCGCUGUUCCCUCUGGUCCCUAAAACCGCACAUCCGGCAGAUGUGGCUGAAGGCCUUGCUUGUCAUCCUUUACAAGUAUCCAUACCGAGACUGUGAGAUCAGCAAGAUCCUGCUGCACCUGAUUCACAUCACAGUCAAUACCCUCAAUGCACAGUAUCAUAGCUGCAAGCCCCACGCCACUGCAGGACCUCUGUACAGUGACAACAGUAACAUCAGCAGAUACAGUGAGAAAGACAAAGGUGAAAUAGAACUGGCUGAAUAUAGAGACACGGGCACAUUGCAAGACAGCCUUCUACAUUGUGUCAGAGAAGAAAGCAUUCAGAAAAAAAAGCUGCGAUCCUUAAAGCAAAAGUCUCUUGAUAUAGGGAACGCAGAUUCCCUCUUGUUCACAUUAGAUGAGCAUCGCCGCAAGUCUUGUAUUGACCGCUGUGACAUAGACAAGCCUCCCGGUCAGGUGGCCUAUCUGACACAGAGACAGAGUGACCAUGCGCGUUCUAGGCAGAACUCAGCCACGAGGCCCGACCCUAUGGAGAUCCCUGAGAACCCUGCUCUGGAGGGCCUUCAGGAACCACGGAGGCCGGUAAUCCCCGAAGUUCGGUUGAACUGCAUGGAGACCUUUGAGGUGAAGGUGGACUCUCCAGGUAAGCCAGCCCCUAAAGAAGAUUUGGAUCUCAUAGAUUUGUCCUCAGAUUCCACAUCCGGCCCAGAGAAACACUCCCUCCUCUCCACAUCCGACAGUGACUCUCUCGUCUUUGAGCCCCUUCCCCCUCUCAGAAUAGUUGAGAGCGAUGAAGAGGAGGAGGUGAGGAAGCAAGGAAAUGAUGGUCCCUCCAGUAAAAACACCACCUCUUCGCCCUCCACCCCCAGCCAGCCAUCUGUCCUCAGCCUCAGCACAACCCCUCUUGUGCAAGUCAGUGUAGAGGAUUGCUCCAAAGACUUUGCUUCCAAGGACUCAGGGAACAGCCAGCCAGCAGGCACCCAGGAUGUCAUUGUCGCAGCCCUGGAAGACCCAACAGACUCCCAGGAACUGUCCAAGCCAGAGGAGCGGCAGGAGUUCUCCUGUGGCAGCCCUUUAACGCUGAAGCAGAAGCGAGACCUUCUGCAGAAGUCAGUUGCCCUCCCCCAGAUGUCGGUGGACGAGAGCCCUGAGCCCAGCACUGAGGAGGAGAGGCCUGGUGGGCUGGUGCCAAGUUCAGGGGCCAAGAUUGUCCUCCUCAAAGUUCCAGAGGAUGCUGAGAACCCAGCAGAAAGUGAGAAGCCUGAUACCAGCGCCGAGUCUGACACAGAACAGAAUCCCGAAAGGAAAGGGGAAGAGGAUGGGACAGAGGAGUCAGAGUUCAAGAUUCAGAUUGUCCCCAGGCAGAGAAAGCAGAGAAAGAUUGCUGUCAGUGCGAUCCAGAGAGAGUACCUGGAUAUCUCCUUCAACAUUCUGGACAAGCUGGGAGAGCAGAAGGAUCCAGAUCCUUCUGCGAAAGGACUUUCGACUUUGGAAAUGCCACGAGAAUCCUCCUCUGCACCUACGUUAGAAGCAGGUGUGCCUGAAACAAGUAGCCAUUCUUCCAUGACAAAACAGAUACAGCCUGGGAAACGUCAGUGUAAUGUGCCAAUGUGCCUCAACCCUGACCUGGAGGGACAGCCGCUGAGAAUGAGAGGUGCCACCAAGUCCAGCCUGCUGUCAGCACCCAGUGUAGUCAGCAUGUUUGUGCCUGCGCCUGAGGAAUUCACGGAUGAGCAGCCCACGGUGAUGACGGACAAAUGCCAUGACUGUGGGGCCAUUCUAGAAGAAUAUGAUGAAGAAACACUGGGGCUGGCCAUUGUGGUCCUCUCCACGUUCAUUCACCUAAGUCCAGACUUGGCAGCCCCGCUGUUGCUGGACAUCAUGCAGUCUGUAGGAAGGUUGGCAUCCAGCACCACUUUCUCCAAUCAGGCAGAAAGCAUGAUGGUCCCAGGCAAUGCAGCAGGGGUGGCCAAGCAGUUCCUGCGCUGUAUCUUCCAUCAGCUGGCACCCAACGGCAUCUUCCCGCAGCUGUUCCAGAGCACGAUCAGAGAUGGGACGUUUUUACGAACCCUGGCCACGUCUUUGAUGGAUUUCAAUGAGUUGAGCUCCAUCGCCGCUCUCAGCCAGCUCUUGGAGGGUCUAAAUAACAAAAAGAAUUUACCAGCAGGGGGUGCUAUGAUACGCUGUUUGGAAAACAUGGCUACUUUCAUGGAAGCUUUGCCCAUGGAUUCUCCCAGUAGCCUCUGGACUACAAUCAGCAACCAGUUCCAGACGUUCUUCGCCAAGCUGCCUUGCGUUUUACCUCUGAAGUGUUCUUUAGAUUCCAGUUUGAGAAUUAUGAUUUGCCUCUUGAAGAUACCCUCUACCAAUGCCACCAGGAGUUUGUUGGAGCCAUUUUCAAAACUGCUCAGCUUCGUAAUCCAGAAUGCUGUCUUCACGUUGGCCUACCUGGUGGAGCUGUGCGGCUUGUGCUACCGAGCCUUCACUAAGGAACGGGAUAAAUUCUACUUGUCUCGUAGCGUCGUUCUAGAACUUCUGCAGGCCCUAAAGCUCAAAUCUCCUUUACCAGACACAAACCUCCUUCUGCUUGUCCAGUUUAUCUGUGCAGAUGCUGGAACCAAACUAGCUGAGUCAACAAUCCUGAGCAAGCAAAUGAUCGCCUCUGUACCUGGAUGUGGGACAGCGGCGAUGGAGUGCGUGCGGCAGUACAUCACCGAAGUGCUGGACUUCACGGCGGACAUGCAUACGCUGACCAAACUGAAGAGCCACAUGAAGACAUGUUCCCAGCCUUUGCACGAAGAUACCUUUGGUGGACAUCUCAAAGUUGGGCUAGCUCAGAUUGCAGCAAUGGAAAUCUCCAGGGGCAACCACAGAGAUAACAAAGCUGUGAUCCGCUACCUGCCUUGGCUCUACCACCCUCCUUCGGCAAUGCAGCAAGGACCUAAGGAAUUCAUCGAGUGCGUCUCCCACAUCCGCCUGUUGUCCUGGUUGCUCCUGGGCUCGCUCACUCACAAUGCGGUGUGCCCAAACUCCUCUUCGCCCUGCCUCCCCAUACCUCUGGAUGCGGGAUCCCACAUCGCAGACCACCUGAUUGUGAUCCUGAUUGGAUUCCCAGAGCAAUCAAAGACCUCCGUGCUACACAUGUGCUCGCUCUUCCACGCCUUCAUCUUCGCUCAGCUCUGGACCGUGUAUUGCGAGCAAAGCGCCGUCGCCACAAAUGUGCAGAACCAGAAUGAAUUCAGCUUCACGGCCAUCUUGACGGCGUUGGAGUUUUGGAGCAGGGUCACUCCCAGCAUCCUGCAGCUCAUGGCCCAUAACAAAGUGAUGGUAGAAAUGGUGUGUCUCCAUGUGAUUAGUUUAAUGGAGGCAUUACAAGAAUGCAAUUCAACCAUUUUUGUCAAGCUCAUACCUAUGUGGCUGCCAAUGAUUCAGUCCAAUAGCAAGCACUUACCCGCGGGCCUCCAACUUCGCCUCCAGGCCAUUCAGACCAACGUGAACCACCAUAGCCUAAGGACGCUGCCCGGCUCGGGCCAGAGCAGUGCUGGCCUCGCAGCCCUCCGCAAGUGGCUGCAGUGCACCCAGUUCAAAAUGGCGCAGGUGGAGAUCCAGUCCUCGGAAGCAGCCUCGCAGUUCUAUCCUCUUUGAGCGGACUCCUCGGCUCUCAGUGUCAACACUCUGGUUUAGCAAUAAUGGGUUUCAAAAACAAAACAAUUUGAUCCAAGCAGGUUGGGGAACAUAUUGGUACUGUACCUUCUCUUUCUAGUUUAGUAAAAGGACGCGCAGAGGCCAGAGAGGGCCAACAAGAAGCUUUCUUGCUACACACAUUUCUGAUGACUCCUUGGGCUAUCUGAUUAAGUGUUUCCUUACAUUAUUUUUUAAGAAAAAAAAAAAAACCAAAUCAUUUUUCUUUAACUAACUUCUAUUUUUUUUAAGAAAAAAAAAUAGACUGGCGGGUACUCACAGAACAGUUGUCUAAGCCCCCUGUUGCUAUUUUUGAUGAUAGAGAAUAAAUAGGGUUUUUGAAACCUUUGUAGUGUUUUUUCUUAAAAUCCACUCUUGGCAAUGCAAUAAAAAACAAACAAACAAAAAACCGUCACCAUAAGCCAGGAACACCUGACUGAUGCUUUUUUGUCAUAAUCCUGGGAAAAGUGGCAGCUUGCGAGGAACAUUACAAAGUGCACUUAGAAAUUAGGUGGUCAAACCGUGCCAAUGGUGUUUGUUGUUUUAUAACCUCAUUUUCCAAAACUGUCUAGUACAUUUUAUUAUUUUUAAAACUAGUCUUUUUUUUUUCCAAUUCAUUUGUUCCAGGCUGUACUCUCUUGUAAGCUUUAUGACAACCACUUUAGUUUUGUGAAGAAUAAAUUUUAUUCUUUGGUUAUAGACUCAUAUACAAGUCCAUUACAACAGCAGGUUGCUUAUUGGGUCAGACGAAUGCCACGCUGGCACAGGGCACCACGUGGGGAGUGACAGUUCAUAAGACGGCCUCCUAGGAGCGUCAGCCCCGAGACCUGUCAGCACUGACCGCUAGCAUCUGACUGUGCGUUCCAAAUGAAAUCUCUCUCCUUCGUCCCUGUAAUGCACUGACUUAAAAGAAGACUUACUACAUCUUGAAGCUGUAUAUUGAUAUGCUAUUAAAUGCAUUUUUUUAUU